AUGCAAGUUCUGGAAGCCGACGAAGAUAAUCGGCCCUUUACCUCAGUCCACUACAAGAAAAACCGCCCUGCGGGCAUUCCAGUGGUUUUCAAACCCAACAAUUCCAAUGCAUCCUUGUGGAGGGUGAAUCCUAACGAAGUGGCCAAAGAGAUAAUUGAUGUUGCACAGCAGAAGCUACUCUCACAUAGGAUAAACAAAGACGGGAGCCUUUUCGUGAGUGUUGCAUCUCUGCAAGCAGCCAACAGAUUACUGGCCAUAUCGACCCUUUGCUCUAUUGCAGUGGCGACAAGUGUACCCCACUCCUACUCACGGAAUCUGGGAAAGAUCAAAGGGGUACCGAUCGAGUAUACCGACGGAGAACUACUAGACUAUUUUAAACAUCUUGGAGUUAUUUCUGUUCAACGGCAAAUUUCGUAUAGACGACAAGAGGACGGCAACGUGGAACACCGCAAGACUGAAAGCGUGCUCCUCCACUUCCGCCCAGACCAACCAAUGCCUACACGCGUUCUCUUAGGCUUCACAAGUCACACUGUUGACGAGUAUUUUGGUCCUCCAGUGCAGUGUUAUCAUUGCCAAAGGUACGGACACAUUGCGCAAUACUGCCGUGGACCACGGCGCUGUAAAGUGUGCGCAGGUCCGCACCACCACAAGACUUGCACCAAUCGGCAAGAUCCCAAGUGCGCAAACUGCGGUAACCAGCAUGCCGCUACCUUCUCUGGGUGUCAACGCAGAAAGACUGCCUCGGUUAUCCGAAGACAGGACGUCUUAAAUGGCAAGGAAAAUCGUGGGCUUGCCGCCACCUUAAACCCUGAAGUUGUGCGCGUCCCCUUGCCUGUCCCGGUUCCAACGGAUAAGCGAGCCCAAAAGCCAACUUACAGUGACGCAUUGAAGAAGACGACGAAUGGAGUGAAAGAAAAACACAAGAACUUCGGCCACAUGAAGACGCACCUGAGACAGCCAGAGGAAUUCCAUCAACUAUGCAAUUACUGA